GAAACAGUUACAAAGGUCAAACGCAACAUUCAUCCAACGACUAGUGAGUGAUUUGUUUGCUUGUGUGUGUGGACGAGUGCGUUUUUCUGGGGAAACAAACUGCUUUGUGUUCGUUAUUUAAUGAUAAAUAUACGCAUUAGGUGUAGUUUUUAAAUUCCUGUUCGUUUCCGUGAAGAAGCGUUUUGGGUUAGUUAAGCUAGUUAGCUUUAUCCGGUUAGCAUCAGCACCAGCGAGAAACUAGUCUGAUAUGGGAUCGUCUAAAAAACACAAAGAGAAGGAUAAGGAUAAGGAUAAGGACAAGGACCGGGACCCAGAAGAGCGCCAUCGGGAGCACAAAAAGCACAGACACAAGGACCGGGAGAAGGACAAAGAGCGCGAGAAAGGCAAGGAGAAGAGAAAGAGAUCCCGCUCUCGGGACCGGAGCAGCCGUGCGGCCGAGAAGGAGAGCAAGAGCAGGGGGGAGAAGAGCACCGGAGAGCCGCGGGUGAAGAAGGAGAAAGUAGAUCCCAGUAAUGAAGAGCCUGAAGAUGCAGGACCAAAAUCGGCAGCUGGUGAUGCUUCACUCAGCAUCGAAGAGACCAAUAAGCUGAGAGCCAAACUGGGUCUGAAGCCCCUCGAGCUGAAUGAGGCCAAAAAAGAACUUGGUACAAAGGAGGAUCCUCUGCUGGCCGAAGUGAUCAACCCUGUGCAGAUCAGACAGCAGAGUGAGAUCAGAGAGAAGCUGGCCGCUCUUAAAGAGAAGCGUCUGCUUAAUCAGAAACUCGGCAAAGUAAAGACGCUUGCAGAAGACGAUCCAUGGCUUGACGACACAGCGGCCUGGGUAGAGAAGAGUCGCAAACUUGCGAAGGAGAAGGAAAUGGCUGAGAAAAGGGCCAAGCUCCUGGAGGAGAUGGAUGAAGAGUUCGGAGUCAGCGACCUGGUGGAACAAGAGUUCGCACAAAGCAAAAAGGAUUCUUACAGUUCACGCGAUCUUAAAGGUCUCACCGUACAGCACAAGAUGGGCUCUUUUACAGAGGGCGAGACGGUGGUUUUGACUCUACAAGACAAAGGCGUUCUCGAGGAGAAGGAGGACGUGCUGGUGAAUGUGAACAUAGUGGAUCGUGAGAAGGCGGAGAAGAACGUUGAGCUGAAAAAGAAGAAGCCUGAAUACAAACCUUACAACGAGGAGGAGAGCGUGGACGACAUGGUCAUGUUUAAGCCGAAGUCAGUCCUGUCAAAGUACGACGAGGAGAUCGAGGGCGAGAAGAAGAAGAGCUUCCGGCUAGGCUCUGGCGGCUUCACUGCAGGGGAUAGUGAGCGCGAGCUGCAGGCCAUCAGAGAGACGCUGCGCAAUCAGGCCCAGUCUCUGCACAUGCCGGCUCUCGCUGUGGCCUCGGAGUACUACACCGAGCAGGAGAUGGUGGGUUUUAAAAAAACCAAACGGCGCAUCAAGAAAAUCAGGAAAAGGGAGAAACCCUUAAAGACCGAAGACCUCCUCGCAGACGACUCUCGCAGCGUGGAUUUCGGCUCCAGGUCACGAGGCCGAGGCAAGAGGCAGGUGGAAGAGGGCGAACAGAUGGAUCCUUCUUUGAAGGAUGGUAUAACAGACACGCUGCUGCAGUCAGAUGACAUUCGGACAGCGGACAUGGAUAUCAGCGAUGAAGAUGAUUUUGUCACACCGGAGCCUGAAGUCAUUGAAGAGGACGAGGCUGAGCUGGAGUUGCAAAAACAAUUAGAGAAACAGAGGAAGCUUCGACAGAAGCAGCUGCUGAAAGACUCCGGGGAGAAGGUAAUGGAACAACUGCAAGUGCUGGACAGAAUCGAGGAAGACGGUGCAGACGAUCCAGACAAGAAAAACAACAUAGUCUUUAACGCCACGUCAGAGUUCUGCCGCACCCUGGGAGACAUUCCUACCUACGGCCUGUCAGGAAACCGUGAGGACCAGGAGGACAUCAUGGAUUUUGAGCAGGAAGCAGAGCGAGAUGGAGCUGGAGGCUCCGAUUCAGACAUGGACGAUAACGUGGGCUGGAGCACCGUCAAUCUGGACGAGGAGCAGAAACAACCAGAUUUCGCAACUGCUUCAACCACCAUUCUGGACGAAGAGCCCAUCGUUAACUCGGGGCUCGCGGCUGCUUUGCUGCUCUGCAAGAACAAAGGGUUGUUGGAAACUCAAAUGCAGAAGGUGGCUCGAGUACGUGCUCCUAAAGGAGCUCUGCCAAAUGACAACUACUGCAUUGAAGAUAAGAUGGCCAUUGAUGACAAAUACAGCAGGAGAGAGGAGUACAGGGGCUUCACCCAGGACUUCAAAGAGAAAGACGGCUACAGACCAGAUGUUAAGAUUGAAUAUGUGGACGAGUCUGGGAGGAAGCUCACCCCAAAAGAGGCUUUCAGACAGCUAUCUCAUCGUUUCCAUGGCAAAGGGUCUGGAAAGAUGAAGACCGAGAAAAGAAUGAAAAAACUGGAGGAGGAGGCGUUGCUGAAGAAGAUGAGCAGUAGUGACACUCCGCUUGGUACUGUGGCCCUGCUACAGGAGAAACAGAAGUCCCAGAAAACUCCCUACAUUGUACUCAGUGGUAGCGGAAAGAGUAUGAACGCGAAUACCAUUACCAAGUAGAAGCAUCUCUGAUCAACGUAUUCUUCUACAGUGGGUCAUGUGAAAACACUUUUCCUUUUAGAAAAUAAAAUAGUCCUGCAGUACGGUGUGCGUGCGUGCGUGCGUAUACAUAUAUAUAUAUAUAUAUAUAUAUAUAUAU